AUGAACAACCCAGUAGCGGAAAAUGUACUCGGCACUCUGGGCGCGGUUUGCUGGUCAAUCCAGCUUCUCCCUCAAAUCAUCAUCAACUACAGAGGACACGACACAGAAGGCCUCCAAGGCUCAAUGAUGCUACUAUGGGCCUCGGCGGGCGUCCCACUGGGCGUAUACAACAUCGUUGAAGAAUUCAACAUUGCGCUGCGGGUUCAGCCGCAGAUAUUGACCACUUUGAGCUUGAUCACUUGGGCUCAGUGUUUGUACUAUGGAAAAAAAUACUCGAUCGCGAAAUGCACGGCUGCGGUUACCUCGCUGCUGCUGAUACUAGGUGGUAUCGAAGUAGGGCUUGUUUUUGCGUUGCGUGCUGCGAAGGACCGCGGACUUGAAUGGCCGCUUAUUGUCAUGGCAGUUUUGAGUGCUUGUCUUCUUGCUGCGGGUGUUUUGAGACAUUAUUGGGAUAUCUAUGUUCACCGGACGGUGAGGGGGAUUAGUUUUAUUUUUGUGGGGAUUGAUGCUGCUGGAGAUCUAUUCUCCCUCGUGUCUGUUUUGUUUGGAAAGUCGAUCGAUGUUCUGGGCAUCAUCAUCUAUGGCACGGAAUUGGUUCUGUGGAUUGGGAUCUUUAUCUGUGGGGGGGUUUUCAAUCUGUUUCCUUGGAUCAAGAAACGAUCGAACAAGCGCGCUCAAGAGCGGGAGCCGGUUGCUCUGCAUCCAAUGCCAUCGUCGACUUCUGUGUUCAGGACUGCAUCUGGGUCUCAGGUUGUGGAAAGGAGGGCAUGGCAGAAUUCAUCAUAA